AUGAGUAACAUCUACCUUCUGGAGCCGCAUACAAAUGGCAAGGUCAUUCUUCACACGUCCUAUGGCGAUAUCUCCGUAGAGCUCUGGUCCAAAGAGGCUCCCAAGGCCUGCCGCAAUUUUAUCCAGCUCUGCAUGGAGGGAUAUUACAACGACACCAUAUUUCACCGUAUCGUCGCCGGAUUCAUUAUUCAGGGAGGAGAUCCCGAGGGCACAGGACUGGGCGGCGAAUCAUGUUUCGACGGCGGCAAACCCUUCCAGGACGAAUUUCAUUCCCGAUUGAGAUUUGUUCGUCGUGGUUUGGUUGCCAUGGCCAAUUCUGGAGUACCCAAUGAUAACAGGAGUCAGUUCUUUAUUACACUCGACGCUACCCCAGAACUACAGAACAAGCAUACCAUCUUUGGCAAGGUCGAAGGAGACACGAUCUUCAAUGUAUUGAAGAUCGGGGGAUUAGAGGUGGAUAAGGACGAGCGGCCGCUGUAUCCUCCCAAGGUCACCAGCUGCACCAUCAUUGUAAAUCCAUUUGACGACAUCGUUCCCAGGAUAUCGAGGCAGGAGCUUGAGGCCACUCGACUCAGAGAGUUGGAGGCUCAGAAGAAACCUGAAAAGCAAAAGAAACUGAAAAAGAACGUAGCAUUGCUGUCGUUUGCGGACGAGGCUUCCGAUUUGAUAGCCGAUGAACAAGGAACAAAGAAAAAGAUUCUCAGCAGCCACGAUCUUCUCGAGGAUGAUCCAACAUUGAGCCGAGAGGUCGGUACGAGUCUGGUAUCGGAGGAUCGAGCAUCCAGUGAAUCCAAGGACAGGAAGAAACGAGAAUCCAAUAGCGACAAGGAUGAGUCAGAGCGGAACGACAGUGACCGGAAGAGACGUGAACAGGAGGGCGAGGACGACCAGGAGAGCGCUAAUGCCUUUGAUCAACUCGCUCCACUUUCCGAGGCAGAGCGCAGACGACAAGAGAUUCAAAAGCUGGAGAGCGACAUUCGCAAGAUGCACAAUCGCGACGGAGAUAUCGAAGCUGACGCCAAGAAGAAAGACAAACUUUCAAAGGUAUCGCUUCUGCAACUGGAGCGCAACCAGUACAAAACUCGAGGAGAGGCCAAAGGUGGAAAGAGAUUGAAAUCGUCAAAGUCCGGAUCUAAUUCAGACAAGCAGCGCGAAUUGCUCGAGAAACUGUCAGCGUUUGAGGCUAAAGUGUUUUCCGGUGCUCGAGAGCCUGAACCGAACCCAGCUCCUAAGAGAAAUGAUGCUCCGCCAUGCAAGAUUCACGGCAUCCCCUCUUGCGAAUCCUGUUAUGACGCCACCCCGAAGAAAAAGACUAAAAUCACGGAGGACGCCGAUGACAACGAGGAGGGCGCGGCUUCGGAAGAUGACUCUGAUAACGACUUUGGAUGGAUGCAGCACAAGCUAGUGUUCGAAAAGGAUCUGAAGGGUAAGGAGGUUUCUCUGUCGGCCAAGCGGGACGAUGUGAAUGAUUAUAUUGUCAUCGACCCACUGAAUAAGGCUUCCGCCACGACUGCUGCUAGGAGGUCAGGGUAUGAUCGUGAUGAGCGAACUGGCCGAGAUAGUCGAGGUGGACGUGAUAAUCAUGACAGCCGGGACAGCCGAGAUGGUCGCGACAAUCGUGAUAGUCGAGAGAGAUACCGUCGCUGA